UCCGCAAUCUCCACACCAAUCAUAUUUUCUCGCUGACAAUUACCGAUACUAAUACUUGCGCGUACAUGACGUUCACGUAAUACGAUAGAUGAUCAACAAGCACAAAAAAGAAGAAGAAAUAACAAAAAAGUCGGCCGUGGCGUAAAGAGAUCUACAAGGAUUUGUAAUGAUGAUUCGCUAAAGAGUGAGGCUUGAGUGUCGAGAAUGGAACACACAAGGCAAGUACUAUCAGCGAUAUUCAUCCUGUCGGUGUUGCAUUGCACAGUGUCAACGUAUUUCGGAGAUGUGUUCGCGCAGCAGGCCGACGAGCCCUCCAAAAUCGGUUGGCUCUUCUCCGACAGUUCUGUUCGAACCAAAAGAAUUCAGAGAGCUAUAUCUGAACAUAAGAGAGAAUCUGAAGACGAUGGUUCACCGAAGAUCAUCAACGGACAGUGCCGCGAUAAAUUGAAUCGCCUUUGCGGUGAUAUAGAUGGGAACAACGACGAGCUUAUGCUGCUCGAAUGUAUUCAGACUUUCAAGCCUACCGAAAUAUCUGGGAUCAAUCAGAAGUGUCAGGAGGCAAUUUGGUCUUACAUCCAGAACAUUACAAAUAAUCAAAACAUAGAGAGGCUAGCCAGAAAAGCAUGCGGUGCACAAUUAGAUAGUCUACAUUGCUCCAAUCCGACAGAUAAAAUCCAUGGGGCUUAUUUGUCUUGCUUGAUCGAUAAGCGAGAGAUGGUCAGAGAUUCCGACUGCAUCACUUACAUUCAGAGAUUAGAAUCGAUUGCUUUCAGUGACUUCAGAAUUUUGACUCCCUUCAAGACAGAUUGUGCAAAAGAUAUUAAACAGUUCAAAUGUGACAGUUUACAGCCAUACAGAGAUAUAUCGCAAGGUCAGAUAUUAGCCUGCCUGCAAGAACAUAUUGAGCAGCUGCAGCAUGAGUGUAGGAGGCAUAUUCUUUAUGUAUCUGAAAUUCAAGCUGAAAAUAUUAAAUUGGAUCGUCAGCUCUACAUGGCAUGUACUCACGAUCACAUUAAGUUCUGUCCUAACAUUCGACCAGGCAGUGGUCAAGUCUACAAAUGUUUAAUGAAAUUCAAAACUGAUAGAUCCAUGACUGCACAAUGUCAGGAACAGUUAACAAGGCGAGAAAAGCUUAUAGCUUCUGACUAUAAAAUCAGCAAGGGUCUAGUUAAAGCAUGUAAGGAGGAUAUUAGAAAUAAUCAUUGCAGGCGAUCCGUGUCUGAAGACAAAGAAAUCAAGUUAGCACAAAUCUUGCUCUGUCUGGAGUCGGCCAUGAAAAACGGCAGCAAAAUUGAUGGAAAUUGUCAAGCGGAAAUGUUUGAUCACAGGAAACUGCUGAUGGAAGAUUACAGACUAUCACCAGAGAUUGUGCACAAAUGUGCUAAUGAUAUUACAACUUUUUGCAAUAGUCUCGAAGUCGGCGGUGCUACAAUACACUGUUUGAUGGAGCAUACAAGAACAAGGAAAAGGAAAUCAAGAGUUGCGCCUGAAUGCCAAAGAGCGUUGGAAGAGUUAAUUAUAGAAGCUGAUGCUGGCGAAGAUUGGAGAAUUGAUCCAGUUCUAAGAGAACAAUGUCAACCUGUAGUCAAUUUAGCUUGUAGAGACGUGCACGGCGGAGAUGCCAGAGUGAUAUCUUGUUUAAUGGAGCAAUUAGGAACGGAGAGAAUGACCGAGGCUUGUGAGACGGCUUUAGUGCAAAUACAGUACUUUAUCGCUAGAGAUUUCAAACUCGAUCCACAAUUGUACAGAGCGUGCAAGUUCGACGCCGUGCGGUUAUGUCAUGCAAGAAAUGCAUGGGCUGGUAACGGCAAACAAAUGGAUCCUGAGACUGGACCUUUAGUACUGCCGUGCUUGUAUCGGCAUGUGUAUCAGAAAAAUAUGACGUUGAGAGCAGAUUGCUUGGAAGAGAUUAGAAGAGUCAUGAGACAGCGUGCUAUGAAUGUCGACUUGCAACCCGAGAUAGAAGAAGUGUGCUUUUAUGAACUGGCGUCAUUUUGUUAUGACAAAACUGCAAAAGGAGAAGAGAUUCUAUGUUUGCAGGAUAAUUUAGAGAAUUUGAAAGAAAAAUGCAAGUUUGCAGUUGGAAAUUUUACUGAGGAACAGGCUGAGCGUGUUGAGUUGAAUCCCAUAAUUUCUUCCGCGUGUCAACAUAUUAUGGAACGUCACUGCGAGGAGGUAUUAAAAUAUGGAAAAGAUGAAGGAGACAUGAUGGAAUGUCUUAUCGAGCAUAAAAACGAAUUGGAUGCACGUACCGAUUACAAAUGUAAAGCAGCUGUGGAACAUUUCCAACUGAUAUCUUUAAAGAACUAUCAUUUUACAUACAAAUUUAAGGAGGCAUGCAGACCUUACGUUAAGAGAUGGUGUCCUAAAUCGAAGACGAAAGCCGAUGUGAUAGAAUGCUUAAGUUCAAUUGUGCAGGAAGAUAUAAUGAAGGACUCUCAACAUCGUGUAAUGAAAGAUUGCAGACAACAACUGCGAGCGCAACUUUAUCAGCAACGAGAGAACAUUCACUUUGAUCCUAUUUUACAAUCGACCUGUACAGCAGACAUCAAACAAUUUUGUUUUAAUGUGGAACCAGGCAAUUCACAGGUAUUAGAAUGUCUGGCAUCACACAAGUCUAAACUAUCGGACAUGUGUCAUAAACAGCUGUUCAAAGUAAGGAAACAGGAGUUUCAAGAUAGCUCCAGUGAUGUUCCUUUGCUGAGCAUCUGUCGAGCCAUGAUCAAACAAUACUGCCACGAUGUGAGCAAAUCACAAACUUUAGAUUGCCUUAAGAGAUACAAAGAUGAACUCACUUUUGACGAUAAGUGCAAAAACAUUGUUGUUCGAAGAAUGAUUGAGCAGAAUACAGAUUAUAGGUUCAAUACUGCGUUGCAAAAUGCGUGUGGCUCUGACAUUGAUAAGCAUUGUAAAGAGGUAUUAAUACACGAACGCACUGAUAAAGAACUCGAAGGAAAGGUAAUUAGAUGUUUAAAGAUCAGAUUUCGGGAAUCGAAGCUGACGACUAAAUGCGAGCACCAAAUGGCUAAUAUUCUCAGAGAAGCUGCAUUAAAUUACCAUUUAAAUCCGUUGUUAGCAACGAUGUGUGCGCACGAGAUUGAAACUAUAUGUCGGUCGGAUGAAAGCGAACCUGGUGCCGUCGAAGAGUGUCUUAAAAGCAAAUUUAAUGCCGGAAAUCGAGAAAUGAGGGAAGAAUGUCGUUUGGAAGUUGCAGAUCUGAUAGAGCAAACGAAGGCUGAUAUAAACGUUGAUCCAUUGUUGCAGAAAGCUUGUGCCGUUGAUAUUAGCAAAUAUUGCAGUGCUGUACCUCAAGGCGCGGGAAGACAUAUAAUGUGCUUGCAAAAUGCGUUGCAAGAUAGCAACAAAUCUUUGCAACCUGAUUGCUACAAGAUGUUGACUACGAGAAUGGAAAUGUUUAAAAAUGCUGCCAAGUUGAUUGCGCCAAAUACGUUCGAGGAAUUAUACUCAACGGUGAAUCGUUCCCCCGCGCGGCGUUACUUCUUGAUCGUUGGUUUCACCAUGAUCGGACUGAUCUUCAUCUUUGGUAUGUUUUGCGGCCGAGUGACCAGGCGGACGAUGAUCAUGAAGAAUAAGUGACGACACAGCCGGGGCCCGUCCACUAGUGAAAUGACUUCGUGAAAUUAGUCGAAGGAUUGUAAUUAACUUUAACACGUGCGUUGAUCUGAUCGAUGACACGGUUCAGUGCAAGUUUACGAUAAGAGAAGAAACAUCUCAACCUUUUUAUACCUUUGUUUACUAAAUUUUUUAAAAUGCGGAUCUUUGUAUUAAUAAUCGGGAAAAGGCUACGAGAUUUUUUAUGUGGCUGUUAAGUACACGCAAUAUUAUGCAAAACGAAGAUUGUAAGCAUCUAAGAAAAUAUGAGUAUAAAUCGAGAAUUUAACAGCGUAAGGAGAUUUAAAUAUUUAGAAAUAUACUGUACGUUACUGUAACAUUAUAUGAUUCCAAAAAUACAGGGUGUUCUUUAGGAUUUGUAACAAGCUUCAAGAGCUCGUCUCUUUAUACUCGUCAAGAAGAAUGCUCUUAAGGUUGUUGCAAGACGUAAUGAAAGAAACUAUAUUAUUUGAUAUUGCGGCUUUAUACGUAGAUUGAGAUUACUGCGAGAGAUAUAUUAAUUCUGAAGAUCGACUUCUAGGAUUUUUAAUGAUUUCUUUUCAAAGAAACAAUAUUUUUUUUAAGCGUAUGAUACUACUUUAUAGUUUAUCUGCAAGAAAUUUGUUUGACAAGAAUAAAAAACAGUGAAAUAAAGUAACCAGCGAAUUCAUUCGCCUUUGUUCGCGGGGAUGCAAUUUUCAUGAGAGAGAAAGAGAGAGAGAGAGAGAAAGCGAGCAAUCGAAUGCCAAAGAUUCUUGGAAAUAUAUGCUGCCCAUGAGACGAGUAUGUGUACUGUCGUUGCUCGGAGUCGUCUUUAAUUUAAAAGCUCGUACGCGGAGGGAGAGAUUGUAAGUGGCGAAAAUAUAAGAACCUAGUUAUUUGAAAUGCUGGGUGUUCCAUCUUUUUUCCUCCUCCCGGGAGGUUUUGCUCAAUCUUCGCGAUGCAAUUGCAGAGAAAGCGGGAAAGCACGUCCAAGAGUUCGUUGCGAUGCCAGUUCUCGAAUAACCGAUAUGAGAAGAGCGACCGUGCAGCAAUUAUUCCUGAGGGACCGUCGAGGUCAUUCCGCAGGAACGACUCCGCGUACGAGUGUGCGAGGGCGAAAUAUAGACGGGAGAACGGCACGUUUCAGUGACUUUGACGAGCUCUCUGUAUUUUGUUUGUGAUACGAUUCAUACGAAGGAUGCGAACGAAGAGUGUUUCAAAUUGAUUUAAAUCUAAAGAGACGCGCACUCGAUGGGCACAAGUUAGUCCGAGUCUUCCACUCUUCAAGUCUCAGUUCCUCGCCUGUGACUUUAAUACGACCGAUACACGUAUAUAUGCGUAUCUUUGUCGUGCGCAUAUGACAGCUCUCAUGUAAAUAUAUAUAUAUAUAUAAUAUAUACAUACAAGAAU